AUGGAUCGAUUAGGCGUUAUUUAUUUUCCGAAUGGAUCAUUACUUCAACCAGAACAUCAAAGAAAACUAAAUGAAUUUUAUGGUAAGAUUUAUCAACGAUUAGAAUUGAUUUACAAAGCAUCACAUGAUGGAUUUGAUGCAGCUACAUUUCAUUCAUUUUGUAACAAUCAAGGACCGACAAUGACAAUUAUUCAAUCAAACAAUAACUAUCUUUUUGGAGGUUAUACGUCUAUUCCAUGGACUUCAGAUGGUUCAUAUAAAAAUGAUACUACAGCAUUUUUAUUCACUUUAAUUAAUCCUCACCAUAUUUCACCGACUAAAUACCUCAUCAAUCCUGAUAAGAUAGGAAACGCAGUUUAUCAUCACAAUGAUCAUGGCCCAAUAUUUGGAAGCAAUCACGAUAUCUUGGUGAAAAAUGUUAGCAAUUCUAACGACUCAAUCUACACUAAUUUCCCUUCUUCAUACCUCGAUAUAACAGAAAAGGGUGAUAUUACAUUCACCGGAGCUCGAAAUUUUACUACAUCUGACAUUGAAAUUUACAAGCUAGCUUAGAUUAAUUUUCACGCUGUUAAUUCUUAACGUUGACUGAUAAAUAGAAUUCAUUUAUGAUGAUCUUGAUUUAAAGAUCUAUUUCAUCCUGCAGUGUUCAGAUUUUCGAAAAAAAAGAAAUUUCCAUCAUAAAUAAUCAGAUUUCAGAAACUAUUAUGCAGCGAAAAAGAGAUCCAGAAAAAAUACAGAUAUUUGCGAACAAUUUCCGAAAUUUACCCAGACAUGAGAAAGAAACUUCCGAGCAAAAUAUUUUUUCGAAAAUUUUUUCAGACUGAGAAAACCUUUCCUGAAUUAUGUUCGCACGCGCGGACAGACUUUGCACCAUUGGUAGGGUCUCCAUCUUCAUAGUACAAUAAAUUCAUAAGUUCAGAGAAUUAAUACAUAUAAAUUUUCGUAUCUACUGAUAUAUGUGAGUAAUUUCCAUGAUUUCCUAUGCUACAAAUAAUGGUUUGCAGUUGUAAAUGUUGAAUUUUUCUGAAAAUAGCCUAGUGCGGAUUCAGUCAUUUCAGAAUGUAGUCAAAAAUUUGCUUAUGAUUGAAAAUGAAUUGUUCAUUGUUCCACUAGCUUUACAGUUGGUCUCAUGAUAAGUUUCGAUGAUUUCU